UGUAGCAACAUAUAUCAUUCUCACAAAAACGUAACACAUUUUAUAUACUCAACCUUGCACAAUAUCAGAUAUAUGUGAAUAACUAUAAAGGAAAAUCAAAUAUUAUCUUAAUAUCGUCUUUAAUUCAUCGUCACUUAAUUAUGAUUCUCACCUCAUUACUCAUGCGAUAAAAAUUGAAUGGUUUAUUAAUUCUGCACUAAUGCAACAACUGUGUACAUAUUUCCAUGCGUAUAUAUAUUGCUUCAUGCACAUUGGUCAGUACUGUACUUCCUAAAGUUCUUCAAGUGCGGUGUGGAGACAGCCAAUAGUUACGCAAUGAGACACCUAUCGUGUAUCCUGGUCGCCUUGGCGAUUAUUGGAGUUUAUGCAGAUGAACCGGAGAAGUUGGUAAAUGGAAGACCCACCACUAUAGACAAUUUUCCACAUGCUGUCUCCAUGCGAAUGAACAACCGGCAUAUGUGCGGCGGUAGCAUAAUCAGUCCAGUCCACAUUCUUACUGCCGCGCAUUGUCUGGAAAGCUUGAAGAAUCCCUCUUCAAGACGAGGUUUAACUGUCGUUUCCGGUACAACCUACCUGAAUUCAGGUGGAGAGGUUCAUCAGGUGGCAGAUGUCUUUUCACACGAGCAAUAUCAUCCCAGCACUUAUGGCUACGAUAUCGGUAUAAUCAAGCUGACCAAGCCCAUUCAGUUCAACGGGCGCCAACGACCAAUCAACCUACCAAGCAGAGACGUGAUGAAGAAUGAUCCUCUCACGAUUGCCGCCUGGGGUUCCAUGGGCCUUGGAAAACCCAUUCAUAACGACUUGCAGAAAUUGGACUCGAGAUGCAUACCCGCGACAGAAUGCCAAGAUUACCAUAAGGGCUUCAUGCGUAUCUUUGCUCAUGAAUUCUGUACCCUCAUCUCUUACCAAACCGGAAACUGCCACGGAGACAGUGGCAGCGGAAUUAUCCGAGGUCAAGAAAUUGUUGGUUGCGUUUCUCGUGGAAGACCGUGCGCCGUGGGUUACCCAGAUGUAUACACCAGCGUUUAUUCUUUCCUCCCUUGGCUCCAUUUUGAAUGGGCGAUUAAGCUGAAUCGUCUCACCCUAAGCAUGGUCGGUAUAUGGCCGAACGUUCACGGAGAUAACUGUGAUGACUAUUUCUCGGAUUUGCGCACGAUGUUCUCCCUGUUUUUGUUCGUUUUCAUUGGUAUGAUCCCCGCGAUACACUCCUUGAUGAGAACCUGGGGUGACAUGAUUGCAACAAUAGACAAUUUGCAGUUUUCUUUACCGUUACUGACAACGAUAAUAAAACUAGUGAUCCUACGAUGGAAAAAACUCGAUCUCACGUCGGUAUUAAACAUGAUCGCUGACGAUUGGUUAAAGGACAAAACCGACAGGGAAUUGCACGUAAUGAAAAAUCAUGCACGGAAUGCACGCGCCAUCACCAUAUUCGGAUGCGUCUUCAUGACUGUGGGAUUCAGUUUACUCGUGUUUCUACCGUGCUUCGGGAUGUCGUUGAGAUACGUAACGAAUAUCACCGAUCCACAGAAGAUUUUGCCACUACAAACCUAUUACUUUUACGACAAGGACCAAAGCCCGUACUUCGAGCUCACAUAUGUGGCGCAGGGUCUCCUGCUUGUGACAGCUGGUGCAUCUUACACCGGCAUAGAUAACUUGCUCGGAUUACUGAUAUUUCACUUGUGCGGCCAAAUGGAGAAUCUGAAAGACAAAUUGACCAAUAUGAGACAAUUCAAGACUUUCCACAGCAAUCUCGCCCUCAUCGUCAGGGAUCACAUACGAUUAAUCAAAUAUUUUGAUGUCGUCGAAAACACAUUCACUUUAUUAUUACUUGGACUGCUACUUUAUUUUGGUACUCUGUUUUGUUUAUAUGGAUUUUUAAUUAUCGCGGUGUUUACGGAAGGAAAAGAAAUGUCGAUGAUGCGUUUGAUAUACCUAAUCUCUGUUGCGUUAAACAUUUGUGGCCAUAUGUGUUUAUAUUGUGUAGUAGGCGAAAUUCUGGUUACACAAUGCGAUGGUAUAUACCAUGCUGCAUAUGAGUACGAAUGGUAUAUGUUACGACCAGAAGAAGCAAAAACUCUGAUUAUAAUAAUGAUUCGGGCUAGCAAACCCUUAUAUAUUACAGCUGGAAGAAUGUUUCCUAUGACAAUGUCAAUGUUUUGUAAUGUAAGUGAUUUACUUGGUAUCAUUUUUACUUUUAAUAGAAAUAACUAUUUAUUCGAGCAUUAUAUAUGUUCUUUUUUUUACGUUAAAUUAUAAAUUAUUAUUAAUAUUCUUAUAUACUUAUAUUGCAAAUAUUUUUUAUAUACUUAUAAAAACGAAAUGUUUCUAAUAUUAUUAUUUAAGACAUUUUGCAGUUACGAAUCAAUAGGAAUAUAAUCAUAUUAUCGUAUAAAAAUUAGAUGGUAAAAAUGCAAUAAUAUAAAUUUUCUUAUA